AUGACGAAGUACUGUGAAGUGCUGCCGCUUAUCCCCCCGGAGCUCAUCGACGACAUUGAUGACGUUCUUUCGUCGAUACGGCCUGACAACGCGUAUGAUACGUUGAAAUCUGCUAUCGUCUCGCGCACGACAGUUUCGGAGCGAGCGAUGAUACAGCAGCUCCUUACGACUGAGGAGCUUGGUGACCUCCGUCCGUCGCAGCUCCUGCAUCGUAUGAGACAGCUCCUGGGAGAUCGAUCAGACGACCACUCCGCGAUCCUCCGCGAGCUGUUCCUCAACCGACUUCCGCAAGAUGUACGACUCAUCUUGGCUGGGAACGACGAUGUUGCCUUAGACCGUUUGGCCGACCUCGCUGACCGCAUCACAGACUAUGCUUCAGCCGGCGUGGCAACAGUGCGUUCCCCUACCGCCGCGCCGCCUCCAGCGACUAGCGAACUGGAAGGUACCAUCGCCCCUUCGGCGGGAGAGAUGGAAAAAAUGUCGACGCAACUGGCUGAUCUGCAAGCAAGUCUCCACGGCCAAACUCGCAGGCCCCGAUCGAGCAGUCGCCGACGCCCCCGCGCAGCGUCGCAGCAGCGUACCCAGAGCCCCCAGUAUUGCUGGUGUCACCGACGCUUCAAACACCGUUCCACGCGUUACCAAGCCCCAUGCAGUUGGUAG